AUGGUUUUAAAGAACAACAUUCUCAGAAUCAGAACCAUCAGCUCACCAGCUCAUCAGAGAUCGCAGGUGAUGCGGCGACAACCUGCAGCCGCCGAGGAGACGCUGGCUCUGCCGGAGGAGACGCUGGCCGAGUACGAGCUGCAAAACUCCCGCCUGAAACUGAAGGUGGAGAGGCAGCAGAGGCUCCUGGACGCCGUCUUGCUGCCGGAGAGUGAGGAUGAUGAAGAGGAAGCUGAGUGGAACAGAGACGUCCGCCGCUCCACUGGACAGAUGGAAACAGAAGAUGGUGGAGAGGAACGAGCCAGGAACCCAGAACCCUCCUCUGAGGCUGAGACUGAUGACAGUGAUGACUGGGAUGAGACCACAGAAGCUCAGUCAGAUUCAAACCCACCGAGUGACAUCCCUCUCAGUCAUGACAGUCCUGAUGUGGGAGAGAAACCAGCUUCCUGCUCCAAGACCAAGAACACAGGAAAGAGUACAUUCCCCUGCUCACUAUGUGGUAAACAGUUUACCGAGAAAGGAACCCUCAACAGACACAUGAAAAUCCACACUGGAGAGAAAUCAGUCGUUUGCUCCCUUUGUGGUAAAGGGUUUACUGAGAAAGGAAACCUCAACACACACAUGAGAAUCCACACUGGAGAGAAACCGUUCCCCUGCUCACUCUGUGGUAAAGGGUUUACACAGAAAGGAACCCUCAAGAUACACAUGAGAAUCCACACUGGAGAGAAACCGUUCGUCUGCUCACUCUGUGGUACAGCGUUUGCACAUAAAGGACACCUCGAGCAACACAUGAGAAUCCACACUGGAGAGAAACCGUUCCCCUGCUCACUCUGUGGUAAAAGGUUUCCACAUAAAGGACACCUCAAGCAACACAUGAGAAUCCACACUGGAGAGAAACCGUUCGUCUGCUCACUCUGUGGUACAGCGUUUGCACAUAAAGGACACCUCGAGCAACACAUGAGAAUCCACACAGGAGAGAAACCGUUCGUCUGCUCACUCUGUGGUACAGCGUUUGCACAGAAAAGAACCCUCAACAAACACAUGAGAACCCACACUGGAGAGAACCUUGGCUGCUGUGGAUCACACAGGCCUCUGUACGACGGAGUACCAGGGUCACUGCAGGGGGAGCGGGGCCAUAAGAGUACAUUCUCCUGCUCACUCUGUGGUAAACAGUUUACCGAGAAAGGAACCCUCAACAGACAUAUGAAAAUCCACACUGGAGAGAAACCAUUCGUGUGCUCCCUUUGCGGUAAAGGGUUUGCACAUAAAGUACACCUCAACACACAUGUGAGAAUCCACACUAGAGAGAAACCAUUCGUCUGCUCCCUCUGUGGUAAAGGGUUUACUGACAAAGGAACCCUCCAAAAACACAUGAGAAUCCACACUGGAGAGAAACCAUUCCCCUGCUCACUCUGUGGUAAACAGUUUACCGACAAAGGAAAACUCAAGCUACACAUGAGAACCCACACUGGAGAGAAACCGUUCGUCUGCUCCCUUUGCAGUAAAGGGUUUGCAACCAAAGGAGACCUCAACAGACACAUGAGAAUCCACACUGGAGAGAAACCGUUCGUGUGCUCCCUUUGCGGUAAAGGGUUUGCACAUAAAGUACACCUCAACACACAUGUGAGAAUCCACACUGGAGAGAAACCAUUCGUCUGCUCCCUCUGUGGUAAAGGGUUUACUGACAAAGGAAACCUCAACAGACACAUGAGAACCCACACUGGAGAGAGCCUGUAG